AAGAGGGAAGAGAAACAGAGAUAAAAAAAAUAAAAUAGAUAGAGUGACGAGAGAAAGGGUAAGGCAUUAGCUUCAGGAAUUUUUCCCUUUACUCGUCCGUUUCUUCUUUCUCAAGCUAACAGAUCCACCACCAAAACUCCAUUAAUACCACCACAUAAAGCUUCCAAAUCAGCCCCAAAACGUCACCCUGUUCAGCCGUAAAACAACUUCCAACAGUUGCCUUCUUCAUGUUCAAUAUUCAUAGUCGUGUUCGCUUUUGAAUUUCAGAGCUAUAAAACAUUUAAUGUCCAGAUUCAACUUUGAGUGAUCUAUGUGUACGGUCCGCGAACGGGAGCCUUGGAAUAACGGUAUGUUAUCUACGUGCAAACUAUAUGUCACUGAUUGGAGCUAUAAAAGCAACCAGUAGACUGGUUUGUUUGAGAAGAUUUGAGUGAUUUCUUAUUAGGAUGGGAGGGAGUUCUUCUAUGGAGAAGAGGAAGAGAGAAUGGCCUAAAGAUGAAUUCAUUGAUUUGAUCUUCAAAUGGUCUGUUAAAGAUAUUCUUGAUGAGACUUUAUAUGAAAAUCAGGUGGAGAAGAUUCCACAAUCAUUUGGAUCAGUGGAGCAUUACCUUGGUUCUUUUUUCUUCCCCUUACUUGAAGAAACAAGAGCAGAUAUUGCUGCUUCCUUAAAAGACAUAAACGAAUCACCUUUCGCCGAGUUGAUCUCCUUUGAUGUAGUAAAUCCAAAUGGAUCAUUGGUUUUUGAUGUUAAGGUUGACUAUUGGAGGAAUACAUGUAGUGAUGGUACGCGUUAUAGGACGUCGCCGGGAGAUAUUGUUGUUAUCUCAAAUGUUAAACCUGAAACUACUAAUGACUUGCAGCGACCGGGAUGCCAUUGGACGUUUGCAUAUGUUACUGAUGUCAAUGAGAAUGAGAAUGAUGCAUCAGCUAGUUUUAAAGUCAGCUUUCCUCCUCAUAAUGUAAUGCGACGAGCAGUCUAUAUAGUGUUUUUGGUAAAUGUGAUGCCUAAUAACAACGUAUGGAAUGCAUUGAGUAUGAGAAAGAAUUUGAAUAUAAUUGAGGAAGUCCUCCGCCCCGUGCACGAGAAACGGAUCAAACAGAAAUGCGAUGUUUGUUCUGCAUCCACUAAUGAGCUAUCAGUUGGAGAAGUUGUGGGUAGUCUGUUGUCCAAGUUGAACGAUUCCCAGGCUAAUGCAAUCUUUACAUGUCUUGCCACUAUGAAAUGCCACCACAAGGCUUCCGUUGAACUUAUUUCGGGUCCGCCUGGUACAGGAAAGACUCGGACGCUAAGUGUAAUGCUCUUUACGCUGAUGCAAAUGAAGUAUAGAACUGUUACUUGCGCUCCAACGGACGUAGCAACAGCCCAAGUUGCUUCAAAGUUGGUUAAACUGGUCCGGGAGUCAUCUAAGAAUGAAUUUGAAGGCUUUUGUCCUUUAGGUGAAAUUCUCUUGUUUGGGAAUAACAACUAUGAAGAUGGUGAAGAUAUUGCGGAGAUUUCCUCCAAUUAUCGUGUUGACAGGCUGUCGGAGUGCUUUGAACCAAUAACUGGCUGGAAUGGUUGUGUAAGUUCUAUGAUCAGUUUGUUGGAGGAUUGCUCAUUGAUUGAUUUUGCCAGAGCAGGGUUCAGUUCGACAGCUGCAUCUCUCCGAAGAUGCAUGCUUAUAAUCUGUACCCAUUUACCAAUAUGUUUUAUUCGAGAAGAGAACGUUGAAAGAAUGUUGGACAUUAUCUCCUUAUUGGAUUUUCUCGAGGGGAUGCUAUUUCAGCAAGCAUUUGGAGUGUCUUCUAAAUCUUUACGCGGUUCUUGUAGCCGGUUGCUUGUCCUUCUGAAAGAUCUUCAGCGAUCUCUCGGGAUUUUCCUAGUGCAACGAGUAAGGGUCGUAUAACGGAGUUCUGUAUCCAAAUGGC